UUCUGAACCUCAAGGCGACCUGGAGCCUGGGGAAGCCUUUUAGGACCAAGGGAAGCCAUCGUUUCCAUAGUCCGAGGCUAAUUCCUGUUCUCCUAGUCCCCAGUGGCAGUUCCCUUUCCCCCCUCCCAGCUUCUGUCGCCCCAACGUUUCCAGACACCCGCCCCGGGCCACCCGCCAGCCGCUAUCACUGACGAGGGCACGGCUGGCCUGGGGCAAAGUUGGCGGCCACCUUCGCGCCCUGCUGCUCCCUCUCUCCCUCCUCUUCCUCCCCGGGAGACCCCCGGUUGCCUCUUCCCUCACGCAAGUCGCCAGGCUCGGUGAACCCAAUAGAGCGGAGCGGCGCACUCCGGGUCACCCCCUGCUCAGCCCAAGCCCUUUCUGCUCCCAGGGGCAAAGAGGACCCAGCUCGGCUAGGGCGGCGCCGCUGCCCCGCGCCUGGCGCUCGGGAACCUUGUGCGCGGGGCAGCCCGAGGCGCUGGCUGCGAUCCAGGGAGGGGAGCGGCGGGGGAAGCAGCGCGCAGGGGAGGGCAGAGGCGGAGAGCCACGAGCCCAGGAGCAGAGGCGGGCUCCGCACCGCACCGCGCCCCGCACGCUCGCUGGCUCCCGAGACGCGCGGGCGGCCGCCUGGGCGCACCAGCCGGGUCACCUUGUCCCGGAGGGAAAUGGGUCCUAUGGGGCUCGUGUGACCAGUGAGCACAGCCUGCUAGCCUGACGCCCAGCAGGGAGGGAGUCUACCAUGGAUGGCAUCGUCGAGCAGAAGAGUGUUCUGGUACACAGUAAGAUCAGUGAUGCUGGCAAAAGGAAUGGCUUAAUUAACACCAGAAACUUCAUGGCUGAGAGCAGGGAUGGCCUGGUGUCUGUUUACCCAGCACCUCAGUACCAGAGCCACAGGCUGGUGGCCGGUGCAGCACCAGGCAGCCUGGAAGGAGGCAGGAGUGAGCCAGUGCAGCAGCUGCUGGACCCAAACACACUGCAGCAGUCCAUGGAGUCCCACUAUCGUCCCAACAUCAUCCUCUACUCAGAUGGUGUGCUCCGCUCCUGGGGGGAUGGCAUGGCCACUGACUGCUGUGAGACCACCUUCAUUGAGGACCGGUCACCCACCAAAGACAGCCUGGAGUACCCCGAUGGGAAAUUCAUCGACCUCUCAGCUGAGGACAUCAAAAUCCACACCCUGUCCUAUGACGUGGAGGAGGAAGAGGAGUUACAGGAGCUGGAGAGCGACUACUCCAGCGACACAGAGAGUGAGGACAACUUCCUCAUGAUGCCCCCUCGGGACCACCUGGGGCUCAGCGUCUUCUCUAUGCUCUGCUGCUUCUGGCCUUUGGGCAUCGCGGCCUUCUACUUGUCCCAUGAGACGAACAAAGCUGUGGCCAAAGGAGACUUCCAUCAGGCCAGCACCAGCUCCCGGAGAGCCCUCUUCCUGGCCGUGCUGUCCAUCACCAUCGGAACUGGCAUCUACGUGGGUGUGGCCGUCGCCCUCAUCGCCUACCUCUCCAAGAACAACCACCUGUAAGCUUCCCAAAGGCUGGCGGAAGGAGGGGGAGCCUGGCCACCCAUGAGAGGGCAGAGAAGAGACACCUGUGUGAUGCUGUAUAGUACAAUGAUUGUCAACCGACUCCAUGAUGCCCUGGAAUCUUCUACUCCCAGACUUCUUUCUCUCUUUUUUUUUUUUUUGUUCUUAUUCUUCCACUUCACCUUCAGCACUGUGCAGAGCACCCAGGCAGCGAGCAAUGCUGAUUCUUCCACAUGGAAGCUCCAAAGAUUCCAGCCCAGCGGCUGCCCCUGGAUGGAUUCUAAUGGAUCAAUGACAACCCAGCUCUGCAGCCUGCCAGUGCCUGGACCACCGCCCCAUUAGCAAUAUACAAACAGUUAAAAAAAAUAUAUGUUUAUUUUUUAUGGAAUAUGGUGCAAUAGGCAGAAUGCAGGAGACAUGUCACCACAGCUGUGGCCCGCUUAACUCCUCUGUGUCCCCCAUCUUUGUGGCUUCCUUGUCAGAAACAAGUGGGGCUCAGAAGGAGCAAAAAGCACAUGAUGGGAGAUGGGCUAUCUCUGUCCACAGAUGGGUCCUGCCUGAGAAUGCGAACCUAGAGGAGCACAGCGCCUACCCUGGCCCUGCUCCAUCCCAGCACGCUGUCCCAGCUUGGAGCAUCAGGCUUCCUGCAGAUACCCAGCAAUACACAGGUCUGGGGUCUCAUCAGUCUUAAAGCGGAGGCAGCCAUAACCCCACCUCUCUCGAGAACAACCCCAGCCUGAGGGAAAGGAACUGUGAAGACACACAGGAUGUUUAACUCGUGGACGUUCAUCCUGCUCGUGAGCAGCAAUACUGGGAACCCGGAAAUGAAAUGGGCCUUACUCUGUCGACUAAAUGAAUGGCUAUUUUCUUGUCAUUUUUUAAGUGCAACUCUUGCUUCAUGCUGCUUCAGUUGCCAGGUGAAUGCUGAGAAAUAAGUAAUCACAGAUGUUUUAAUACCAUGUCAUUGCUGUUUUAUGAGUGUUCAUUAUUUAACAAAAAUUAUC